CAAACUUUCUCUGCUUUUGUUGAGGUGUAAUUUUACUUUCCCCAAGCGAAAAGCAGGACGAGCGUGACUUCUACACAGCGCAGUUAACCCGUUUUGCGUGCAAACGUAGCCGCUUUAAAGCUUAUCAAGGGACGUUUAUAGCUUGGAACUCUUAGAAUGGCGGAAGUGGUGAGGACAGAGAUGCCCCCGACGUCACCAAUCCCGGUGCCGCCGCAGGCGCCCGCAGCUCCGGCACAGGAGCGUCCAUCUGAGAAUGCAGCCCCAUCAGCGGCGCCAGUCAGCAGCGGCGCUGUGGCCGCGGUCGUGGCUUCACAUCCGCACGAGGAGGAGGACGCCUCGGCGUUUGAGUGCAACAUUUGCCUCGAGCUCGCGAAGGAGCCAGUGGUGACGCUUUGCGGACAUCUGUUCUGCUGGCCCUGCCUCUACCGGUGGAUGCAGUCGCCGACGUGCAAUAACCGGGCGUGCCCGGUGUGCAAGGCGGGCGUGGAGGUCGAUAAGGUGGUGCCCAUUUACGGGCGCGGUUCCGAGCUGGCCAGCACGGUACAGGAGGCCGUGAAGCCGGUGCCGCCUCGUCCUGCUGGACAUCGCCCUGCGCCCGUGCCGGUCACUGCCGCGCCAGGCCAGGUUCCGCAGCAGGGAGUGCUUCCAUCGUUGUUCGGCUUCCACCUCGGACCGGGCCAGGGCUACAACGAGGCGCUCACGCCCGAGCAGCAGCACCAGUGGCCCAGCUUUCCUCUCGCGGCUACUGCUCAUGCUGGGCUCCUUCGUCAUCAUGUGCCUGCUGCUGUUUUAGGACAACAACACCAAACGAACUGCUUAGAGUUACUUGCGCCACAACACGCAGCACAUUGCGGUAGGACACCUGCAAUGCGCCCGGUGCAGCGGCCUGGCUGGGCCGCUCACAGUUAUUCAUAAGGCAUGGCAGGGUGCGCGUCGUGUAGAUCCACAACGGGCCACACAGCGGCGCUGCUCGAUGCGUAGUACUGACGUAAUGCGCGGGUUUUGGUAAUGAACACACACAAAUGCCGAUGCGAUACUGUUUGUGCUGUUUGUGUCCUCUUUGUAUGGCUGGUCGCGUGUCAACGAGGGAGGAGGGAUGGUGGAAUGAGGGAGAGGGCAAGGGCAAGGGGUAAAGGCGGUAAGGGCGAGGGCAGGGGUCUGGGAGGGGAGGGGGCGUGUCUGGCCCGUGUCGGGUUGUUUUUUGGGGCUUGCGCUUUGCAACGCCCCUCCGGCUCCGUAGAUGCGGUAUGGCCCCUUACCCAUGAUGAUGAGGACGGGUGGCAGAGGCAGAGGUGCGGUCGUUAGCCUGUCGGGAUAACUUCGGGUUGCGGCGAGCACGGCUGCGGGGAGGGGCGACGGCCAGCCUGCACGUGCGUUCGUUGGAUGUGAGAUUGCGAGUGCGUAAGCAUGUGUCGAAUGGAUCGGGAGGUAGCAUUUAGUUUUACUGAUGCCCUCGCGGUGGAAACCGAAAGGAGAUGGCGAUGGUUAACAGCGGGCCCUGGGGGCCUCCGCCCGACCCUGCGCCGGUGUGUGGUGGAGGUGCAACGAUCGCAUCUGUGGUUGACGCGGGGUCGCGGGUGGUGGCUGCGGCGGCGGCACAGUAGGCUUUGACGUUGCAUGCUGUACUGCCGAGAUGUGUGGCAUGCUACUGCUGCCGCCAUAAACACAACGGAAUCCCCGAAACGAACGGGUCGGCAAAAGUGGGGGGCGGAGGUUGGGGAGCUCAUGCAUGGUCCAUGGGUCUCUGGUCGCGGAGGUGGAUUCUCUCUCAAUGUCUUCUUCUCCGAGAGAGUUGCUCGCUGCAACAUUGCAUGUAGCAGAUGCCUGCAAGGAGGGCUGCAUGGAACUGAGAUACGAUUAUGCAUAGACGCCACGGACAUGCGGGAAAGCAGCUUCCAGGCAGGCGCUUUGCCGAUGGCGUGGACGUCUUUGGCCUGUUUUGGGGCUUACUGUGUUACUGUUCAGACAUGGCGGUGCAUGCGCGAGGUGGCUGUACGUCGAAAGAGAUGGGAGAAAUGUCGCGAUGUUGGGAGAAGAGCGUGCAGAGCGGUUGCGGGAGGUCGACAGGCAUAGGGGACUCGCAUGGUGGGAAAGGCGCGCAGCCGUAUGUGCUGCUGUUGCACGUGUGCAGGAUGUAACAUAUAUGUAUG